AUGAAUGAAAAUGGUGGAUCAGUAGCAGCCAGGGUCUAUGACUUUGUUAGGAUUAAUGCGCCUGAGUUCUUAGGAUCACACACUAGUGAGGAUCCUCAGAAUUUCUUUGACGGGAUUAUGAAGAUAUUUGAGGUGAUGCAGGUUACUGGGAAUGAUCGGGUUGAGUUGGCAUCAUACCGUUUGAAGGAUGUUUCUCAUAUCUGGCUUAUGACUCAUGCUCAACAAGUUGAGGGUGAUAAGAUUAUGGAACAUGCCAAGGAGAAUAAGAAGAGUCGGCAGAAGGUUUCAUCCCCAGCCCCUUCAUCAACUAGUGUUCCAUCCUCCGAGAACAGGUUUGACCAGAAGGUUACAACAGCAGGCUCUAAGUCUCAAGGAAGUGUUUCAGGCACCAAGACUUACCCCACUUUCCCUAAGUGUAGUAAGAACCAUACAGGAGAGUGCCUUGCAGGAAAGGAAGGAUGUUUUGGGUGUGGUCAUCACAAGUUGAGGGAUUGUCCUUCUAGAAAGGGUCAAGGAGGAGGAAAUGGUAUAGAUCAGUCUACAACUUCAUCAGCACCAGAUAGUCUCCCGACUCAGCAGGGUGACUCAUCUAGUACAGGUGGCAAUCAACGCCAGAACAGGUUGUGCUAG